AUGUCAGCGCAAUCGUCACCGUCACACAGCGCACCCGCCGCCGCCGCCACAAUAACAGAGAUCGACGAUCCCAUCCAAGAAGCUCACUCGCUCAAGGCAGCCGCAAACGCCCACUUCCAGGCAGCCAGGUACGACGACGCCGUGGCCGGUUACCUCGACGCCCUCGCAGUCCUACCCCCGCGGCCCACCCCUCCCCCAUCAUUCCACGACGAGGAGCAGCCACACGACCACGAUGGAGAGCAAGAGCUGUGCUCGAAUGACCAGCAGGACGACGACGACGACGACGACAACGGACAACCACCUGCACCAAGGCCGGCAGACGAGCCACAGGAGAUAAAGACGCUGCGAGCCACGAUCAAUGCCAACCUCUCCCUCUGCUACCUCAAGCUACACCAGCACGCACAAGCCGUCGACGCCGCAACACAGGCGCUCAUCUCACAGCCCCUCUACGUCAAAGCCCUGCACCGACGCUCGCUGGCAAACAUCCAGAUCGACACGCUCGCCUCGCUCUCGUCGGCCCUCGAAGAUCAGAAACUCCUCCUCACCCUCCCCGACCUCCCCGCGUCCACCCGUCCCUCGAUCCAAAAGUCGAUCGCCGACCUCGAACCCAGAGUCGGGGAGCUGGCCGAAAAGGAAAAGCAGGAGAUGCUCACCAAGCUCAAGGGCAUCGGCAACUCGCUCCUCGGUACCUUUGGCCUCAGCACCGACAACUUCCAGUUUGUAAAGCAGGACAAUGGCGGUUACAGCAUGAACUUUGUCAGGUAG